CUAAGGACAUUUAUAUAUUUAUCUUAAUCUUUAUGUUGGUUCUUAGGCUUCUAGUCAGCUGAUGAUGGAUCUGAAAUUGUGGUUCUCAAUUCUGAUGGUUUGUGGGAUGGCAGAAUCUAUAGGCUCAGACAAGGACUGGCACAUAUCUGUACCAUCAAAAAUCCCUGUUCUUCAAGGCUCAUGUGUUGUCAUUCCCUGUGAGUACGUUUACCCCAAGACAAGUAAAAUAUUUAAGACAUGGUUGGGAUACUGGAAGAGAGGAAAUACAGUUGUCGCAUCAAAUUUCCACAAUUUUAAACUAACGCGUGAGUUCCACCAUCGAACCAGAAUUAAAGGAGCCCUUGAAAGCGGCAACUGCACCUGGCAGCUGAAUCACGUCAGAAAAACGGACACUGGUCCGUUUUACUUCAAAAUUGAAAUUCCACAAUAUAAAAGCUUCACUUUCUCAAACAAUAAGGUGACCCUUGACAUCUACCGAGUUCCUGAGCCUCCCAUCAUGUCUGUUGCAGUCCUUAAUAAAGUGACUGCCACCUGCAAAGUUGCACAUGUCUGUCCAUCAUCUCCUCCCAAACUCUUCUGGAGCCACUCAGGAAUGAUCAAAACAAAGUCAAAAAAGGAGAAUAAAUGGUUGUGGACAACAAAGUCGACCAUCACCUUCACUCCUCAAGAAGCCGACUUCAACAAGCCUUUAAACUGCACAGUGAGAUUCCACGGCAGGAAGACUACAAAGGGCUCUGUGCUUCUCACCAAGUAGAGGACUAAGUGAAACUACAUAUGCAGGAUUAGAAUACAGCAAUAUUUUUAGAGCUAUCUGCCAUAAUGACAAAGUGAUUUUCCAGAAAAGGGCCUGAAUUAGUAAGACUACAAAAAAAAACAUUUAGAGAGACCAAAAAUGCUUAUUGUUGCAUGAUUUGAUUCAUAUCACCCGAGUUUAACUUUAAAUCUUUUGAAAAUGUGUUAGAGGCACAAAAGUUGAGAUUCAUGUUUUUUAAACUUUAAUGAUUUUCUAAUAGGAUUUAUGGAUGAAUUUUGUUUUGCUCUCUUUCUUUUACUCUAUCAACUGUAAGAUCAUCCAUCCGUCCAUUUUCUGUACUCUCUUGUCCCUUAGUGGAGGGCUGCUGGUUCCUAUGUCCAGCUAAAGUUACAGAGAUAGGCACACCCUGGACAGGUCGCCAGUCUGUUGCAGGGCAUAAGAUCAUACAUUGACUAUUAAAUUUAUAUCAAACUCUAAUGUCCUCAAGUUGUCCUAUUCUUUUGUAUUAAAGCUUUCAUCAAAGUGCUAAGAUUA